AUGUGUAUAUUUGUUUGUUGCAGUGGCGACAGCGCGUCUUUGAGCGCGGCCGGCAGCAAGCGCUCGGCUUUGUCGGCUUCCGACGCCGAGUGUUUUUCGCUGUGCCUGGGUGGUCCUGAUGUUCCGGCUCACGGCUCGGCACCGCCCGGAGGGGUGAAUGGCGGGGCCGCGAGCCCCGCUACCCCAUCUACACCCACCCACGACGACAACAACCGUGACUUGUUGAGCGCCCUACUAUGGGCAAGCGCGAGUUCCCUCGCGUCCAGCGCGGAGUCUCUCGUCACCGAGUCCCAGUCUCCCACGCAUGCGCACCCAGCACUCCACCAGCAACGCAGAGAAGCGGUUAUAAGCAAGAUUCUGGAACGCAAGGACAGGCAGCCGGUGAAAAUCGACUUUAAGAUCUUCCUUACUGAGAACACGGUGACUCGCUGGGAAGCUGUGGUCCAAGGUGGCACUAUCUACCUGCGUAUGCCGGGAGUCCUUCAGUCCGGCAGUAAGGAGAGCUUCAUGCUACUUCUGGACUUCGCCGAGGAAAGGCUAGGGUGUAACAACUGCAUCAUCUGCGUCCUGAAGAGCCGACCGGACCGCGCCACCAUUCUCCGCACUUUCAUGUUCAUGGGAUUCCAGUUACUCCCACCAAACUCCCCUCUUAUGCCGCAAGAAAUCACCAACCCGGAGUACAUAUUCCUGCACUACAAUAUGCAGUAAUACUCAAAAUUUCCGAGUCGCAAAAAGUCGGAAAAACUCACUCUUUUUAGACGAACUCGAAAUUUCCGAGUUUAAACUCGGAUAUUUCAGUUUUAAGUUCUAAUUUAUUUCAUCCAGAUGUCUCCUAGCCGGCGUCUCUUUCCGCCUUUUGUGGACUCGAAAUUUUCGAGUUUUAGUGUACCUACGUAGCUUCGUUAUCUAGAAACAGUAUUUUCAAAGUCGCACGUUUUCUAUCAUGUUUAUGAAUAAUCACCUGGGCUUGCUUAUAUUAUGGCAACAACAAGUCUGUAGUAU